AAGUGGGCGGAAAGUUCUUCGCCAUAUAUAUACUAUGGCAGCAAGCGCAGGCUAAUGAUUGCCUACGCUCACACGCUCAGGCAGAAACAACCACGUUCAAUGUUUCUCCACAGAGCUGACUUAAGCCUUCGUCCCCGCACGAAAUAUCGUGAUUCUGACUAAAAGAAAGUUUGUCCUUCGUCGGAGAGGUGGGAGAACAUCACGACCCCCGACCAUGAUCAACACCAUGGAGUGUUCAGUGGAUGCACAAAGUCUCAUUUCGAUAUCUUUAAGGAAAAUCCACAACUCUCGUACGCAGAGAGGAGGAAUCAAGCUGCACAAAAACCUGCUGGUCUCCUAUGUACUGAGGAACGCCAGGCAAGUGUACAUGAACGAGAAGUACGCCGAAAUCUACAGAAUGCAGCAGUACGAGGAGGUGAUGACCGUCUGCAACGAGAUCCAGGAGCUGAACCCUCUCGAUCUGGUGGAGGACUGCGAGGAGCAGACGGGGGACUGCUGCGGCAGCGCGACCGAGUCGGCGAGCCUCUGCGGUGCGCUCCUGCCCGUCAGUCACCAGGCUCCUUCGGCGCAGCACAUCCAGCCCAGCAGCGCCUGCUCGGUGCCCCUAGCUCUCCAAAGCGAGGAGGUCUGCAAAGCGCCGGACCCCUCGUUCUACCACAGCUGCUGCGCGGAGGUCUACCCCGUGUCCAACUGUGACUUUUCGCCGGUAAACAGUAUGCACUGCAACAAAACUACAGUGCUCGAUUUGGACACGCAUGUCGUUACCACAGUAGAGAACGGGUAUUUGCAUCAGGACUGCUGCGCUUCGCUCCAACAGUGCUGCCAGGGCGCGCAGAGCCCGGCCAAGAAACGUAAGCUUGACUUUGAGUACUACGUGUCCGAGAUCGAGGAGGUACCGGAUUUUACGCCGUGCAAAAGAGCGAAAUUUGAGGACUCUUCAUACGCGAGCACGGAGCCCUUGGACACGUCGAACAUUUCCAACCUCAUCUCGAUCUUCGGCUCGGGGUUUACGGGACUGGUGAGCAGACAGGCGGAAUUGGAGCAAGCCUUAAACGGACAGUUCUGUAGCAAACAAGCCCUGGCGAGUUUAGGGGCUUGGACGAGAGCUAUUGUAGCCUUUUGACUCUGUGGUAAAUGCGAAUACAGAUACUUUAUGAAAAAAUUGUACAAAGUCUAAGACAAAUUGACUUUUAUUUUUGCAGCAAAGUUAUUUAAGCCUUUUUAUUUGGGUUUGUUUUUCGUUUCGUUUCAGUGGAGGAGGCGGACAGUGGUUGUAGCCUACCACUUGUGAUGUAUCCUUUAAAACAAAUGUCGAUAGUACAACAAGCGUUUU